AUGAUGGAGGAGCGAGCGGCCGCCGCGGUCGCCGCCGCCGCCUCCUCCUGCCGCCCGCUCGGCUCCGGCGCGGGCCCCGGCCCGACGGGUGCGGCCCCGGCCCCUGCCCCGGCCCCUGGCCCCGGCCCGGCCGGGAAGGGAGGCGGCGGCGCGGGCAGCCCCGGGCCCACCGCGGGGCCGGAGCCCCUGAGCCUGCCCGGGAUCCUCCACUUUAUCCAGCACGAGUGGGCGCGCUUCGAGGCCGAGAAGGCCCGCUGGGAGGCCGAGCGCGCCGAGCUGCAGGCUCAGGUGGCCUUCCUCCAGGGAGAACGGAAAGGGCAGGAGAACCUCAAGACUGACCUGGUGCGGCGGAUCAAGAUGUUAGAGUAUGCGCUGAAGCAGGAGAGAGCCAAAUAUCAUAAAUUGAAGUUUGGGACAGACCUGAACCAGGGGGAGAAGAAACCAGAUCUGUCGGAACAAGUCUCCAAUGGCCCGGUGGAGACGGUCACCCUGGAGAAUAGCCCGCUGGUGUGGAAGGAGGGGCGGCAGCUUCUCCGACAGUACCUGGAAGAGGUGGGCUACACAGACACCAUCCUGGACAUGCGCUCCAAGCGUGUGCGGUCCCUGCUGGGCCGCUCCCUGGAGCUGAACGGGGCGGUGGAGCCCAGCGAAGGCCCCAGGGCUACACCAGGUCCUGGGGGGCUCAGUGGUGGGGAGUCGCUGCUGGUGAAACAAAUCGAGGAGCAGAUCAAGAGGAAUGCGGCGGGCAAAGAUGGCAAAGAGCGCCUGGGCGGCUCGGUGCUGGAGCAGAUCACCUUCCUGCAGAACUGCGAGGAGGAGGACAGUGAUGAGGACGACGAGCUGGACAGUGUGCAGCACAAGAAGCAGCGUGUGAAGCUUCCAUCCAAGGCCCUGGUGCCUGAGAUGGAGGACGAGGAUGAGGAAGAUGACUCAGAAGAUGCCAUCAAUGAGUUUGACUUCCUGGGCUCAGGAGAGGACGGGGAGGGCUCUCCAGACCCUCGGCGUUGCACCGGAGACGGGACCCAUCACGAACUGGAAAGCCGGCGAGUCAAACUCCAGGGAAUUUUGGCUGACCUACGGGAUGUGGAUGGGCUGCCCCCUAAAGUGACCGGCCCCCCUCCUGGCACACCCCAGCCCCGGCCGCAUGAAGGUUCCUUUGGCUUCUCCUCAGACGUUUUCAUCAUGGACACUAUCGGGGGCGGGGAGGUGAGCCUGGGGGACUUGGCAGAUCUCACCGUCACCAAUGACAACGACCUCAGCUGUGAUCUGUCUGAUAGCAAGGAUGCCUUUAAGAAGACCUGGAACCCCAAGUUCACCCUGCGCUCACACUACGAUGGCAUCCGCUCUCUGGCUUUCCACCACAGCCAGUCAGCGUUGCUCACCGCCUCGGAAGAUGGCACCCUCAAGCUCUGGAACCUGCAGAAGGCCGUCUCGGCCAAAAAGAAUGCUGCACUAGAUGUGGAACCUAUCCAUGCCUUCCGGGCUCACAGGGGCCCUGUGUUGGCAGUGACCAUGGGCAGCAACAGUGAAUACUGUUACAGUGGUGGGGCUGAUGCCCGCAUCCACAGCUGGAAGAUUCCAGACCUCAACAUGGACCCUUACGAUGGUUAUGACCCCAGUGUACUGAGCCACGUCCUGGAGGGCCACGCGGAUGCUGUGUGGGGUCUGGCCUUCAGUCCCACCUCCCAGCGCCUGGCUUCCUGCUCAGCCGACGGCACCGUCCGCAUCUGGGACCCCAGCAGCAGCAGCAGCAGCAGCAGCAGCAGCAGCAGCCCUGCCUGCCUCUGCACCUUCCCCACAGCCAGCGAUCACAGCAUCCCCACCUCAGUGGCCUUCACCAGCACCGAGCCUGCCCACAUCGUGGCCUCCUUCCGCUCUGGUGACACCGUCUUGUAUGACUUAGAGACUGGCAGCGCCCUCCUCACGCUGGAGUCCCGGGGGAGCAGCGGUCCCACUCAGAUCAACCAGGUGGUGAGUCAUCCAAAUCAGCCCCUCACCAUCACUGCCCACGACGACAGAGGCAUCCGCUUCCUGGACAAUCGAACAGGGAAAUCGGUGCACUCCAUGGUUGCCCACCUGGACGCGGUCACCUGCCUAGCCGUCGACCCCAAUGGCGUAUUCUUGGUGUCAGGAAGCCAUGACUGCUCUCUGCGCCUGUGGAGCCUGGACAACAAGACGUGCGUGCAGGAGAUCACGGCCCACCGCAAGAAGCACGAGGAGGCCAUCCACGCCGUCGCCUGCCACCCCAGCAAGGCCCUCAUUGCCAGUGCUGGCGCCGAUGCCCUGGCCAAGGUCUUCGUAUGAUGCCCGCCUGGCCCCGCCUUGGUCACCGAGCUGGCUGGGGAGCGGGGCUGGGCGGCUGGGACUGAGGUGAGAAGCUGGGUGGAUGGGGGUCUUGACCUGGCAGGGCAGAAACACCUUGCUUCCCCUGCCCCCAGCGGAGGGUGCAACGUCCCAUAGCACAGCUGCAGUUGGGGCACCCUGGGCUUUCAGAGGAGGAGACCUGGAGGGCCCCAGGCGCCACCUGACCCCUUGUACGUGGGGACCGGUUUGUGGAGGUGGUGGUCCAGCCUCCUUCCCUGUCACGCAGGUCGCUCCGCCUCUUCCUGCUGGCCUGGGGCCUGGUGGUGCUAAGAGUCCUUCCCCAAGAAGGCAGUUUGGGACGCAGCCUCCCCCAGGACGCACCCUCCAGGAUGGCCCCUGGGAGAGUCCGCGCGGGACACCCGCUCCUGGUCUCUGAGCUGCCUUCCUGGGCCAGCACGUCAAGGCUGGGUGUCCUUAGGGGUCAGCUUUUCCAAGAUGCCAGAAGGUGCCAGGCUCUCUGAGCUCUCCAUCGUCCUGGACCGGGGUGGGAGCUGUGCUGGGAGGAACCCCAGCCACCAUGCACGGGGACUGUGGGGAACCUUGGGCCAGUUGAACCACGGGCUGUCCUUGGUGGGGUGUGGGGCCUGAUUCGCCCCAGAGGCACCUGUGGUCCACUGCUCUCCCCUCGAGUCCCUCUACACACUACCCAGCGCCUCCGGGCCAGUAACUGCCUGGGAAGCCGGCAGGGCCCCAGCUCCCGAGGCAGCCCUCCGUGGGCUUGCCCGAUGGGAGAAAUGGCCUUCUCUUGCUCCUCCCUGGGGCACGGAGGGUGGGGUGGCGUCCCCGGACCCUCCAGUACUCCCUGUAUAUCUGUAUAAAUAAAUGGGAUUUUAAUGGAGCCCCGUCCCCCAUGUUAUCACUGUGUGAUAGUCUGUCGGUCUCCUCUCCUGCCCUCCGCUCUCGCCCUCUAUUUAUUUCACUCUUUUCUGGGUUCCACCCUGUGCCCUCGGGCCCCCUUCCUGGUUCCUGUUUAUAAGCCCCAUUCCCUCUGCCCAGGACUCGUAUGUGAAACUUGUCUCAAUAAACCUUUGGAGUAAGAUGGGUGCUGUGCUGACUAUUGAGGGUACG